GAUCAUCAAGAUAUCAUCUUCAAUUCUACAUCCAACCUACCAUCUCUUAAAUCAAGUCCCUCUCAAAAAACUUUCACCAUGAAAGCAGUAAUUGUCGAAACAGCUGGUAAAGCUAUUGUAUCCAACAUCCCCGAACCAGCUCUAAAGCCCGAUUUUGUUAAAGUCAAAACUGUUGCAGUAGCCAUCAAUCCAACGGAUUUUCAUCAUGCAUCAGGUGUUGCACCCGAUGGUCAUAUACUUGGAUGUGAUUAUUCUGGUAUAGUUGAAGAAGUAGGACCUGAAUGUAAAAAUUCAGAUUUGAAAAAAGGAGAUCGUAUUUGUGGACCUUGUCAUGGUGGGAAUACUAAUGACAAAGAAAGUGGUACCUUUGCCGAAGCUAUUUUUGCACCAGAUGGUAUCUUUACCAAGAUUCCAGACAGCAUGUCAUUCGAAGAUGCAGCAACAAUUGGUGUAGCAAUCUUAAGUACAGGUCAAGCUCUUUAUAUGAAUUUGAAUCUUCCACUUCCUACUGAACCUAGCAAAACUCCAUUUCCGAUAUUGAUUUAUGGAGGAAGUACAACCUGUGGAGCUAUGGCAAUUCAAUUUGCCAAAUUAUCUGGUCUCACAGUCAUAACAGCUUGCAGUCCCUCCAAUUUCGAUUAUGUCAAAUCACUCGGCGCAGAUGCCGUUUUCGAUUACCACUCUCCCACUUGUGGAGCUGACAUUCGAGCGUACACCAACUCAUCUCUUCACUACAUUUACGAUUGCAUAUGCUCUGAAUCUACAUUCGCCAUCUGUGCCGCGGCGUUCCCCGAGAAAGGAUCUUUUACCGGGGAAUUGAAAUUGAUUGGGGUACUUCCCGUGGAUACAUUUGCGAGAAAGAAUGAGGAAAAUGUUGAUGCCAAAGCUUUCUUAGCAUACACGGCGUUUGGGAAAGCUUUCUCAAAGUUUGGCUUGGAUAUCCCGUUUUAUCCAGAGCACUAUGAAUUUGCAGUUCGAUUUUGGAAGAUGAGUGCAAAGUUACUGGAGGAGGGGAAGAUAAAGAAUCAACCUGCUAUUGUGAGACCGGGAGGAUUAAAAGGAGUCAUUGAUGGUAUGUUGGAGGUAUCGGAAGGGAAAGUUAGUGCGGGAAAAUUGGUCUAUAGAAUUGAUGAAACCCCAACGGAUGAAGAAUUGGAGAAGAUGGAUAAUGAGGAGGGACAAGAGAUUAAAGGACCUGAUCUUUACAAAUCUCAAUGGAUGAAGUAAUUGAUGAUUAGAGUGUUCAGGUUAUGUCACAUGUCACGUCACCUGAUCUUAUUCUUUAUUGAGAAAGAUAAUAGGCUUCGUGGCUUCCAUCUCUUUUUGAUUCACAUUAAGCAAGUUAUCUUGCCAAUUAACAUAUCAAUUCAGAUCUCA